AUGUUUCUUUUAUCUUUUUGGCCGGACCUCUUCCAACAACCCACGCUUCCAGCUUCCACUGCCAACUAUGCACAGCUUGUUCACGAUUCAACCACUCAACUACAACAAUCCCUUGAAUGCAUCUUGUCAGCUUUGAAUCUACGUUCCAUGGCAUUGUCAAAAUGCGCCAACUUUGAUGCUGCUCUUCGCGAUGCAAACGCCAUGCAACAGCUAUCGCCUUCUUCAGCACUUGGAUACUUACGUGCAGCCGAAGUUUACAGUGCACAAGGGAUACAACGCCGUGUUGUGGAUAUAUGCAACCAUGGACUCCGUAUGGCCAACACUAAGGAUACGCACUAUGCAACACUACAACUAGCCAAAGAGGACGCUAUGCAUCAAAGCAGUAAACGUGUCGACUUUAUCAGCCAACUUCCUAUCGAUAUUGUUUUUACAGUACUCAUGCCGAUGUUUAUUGACCGUUAUCCUUUGGAUGAUGAAUCUGUACAAUUGCGAUAUUUGCGGGUGUCCAAUGUCUGGCAUGAUCGUAUUAUCCAGUAUCUCGAUGGACUACGCUUUAAUUCUGUUUUCGAGUACGACCAUGCAGCAUGGUGUUCAUUAGUCAAAAAGUUUUCCCAGGAUACGCGGUCAUUGAAUGUUCGCUAUUAUUCACAAGGAACAUGGCUAAGUGAUUUACUACGUGACAAUACUUUUUGCUCCUUACGGGAGUUACGUAUCCAUGGCUUCGCGAACCAGCAAAUCACCACGUUCGUCUCAUCAUUAAAGUCGAUCGGCAGCACGUUAACGGAUCUCCUGAUCAGGGUGGAAGAUGGCUACGUAUUACCCAUAGCAGACGUUUUGAUGGCUUGCCCCAACCUUGUUUCUUUGGCAAUGACACGACCCUCCAAUGUCGUCCUCAGCGCCCUGCCUAUGACAACAUGGUCCAAAAUGACAACAUUAUCGAUCACGAAUGCAACAGAGGAGAUUACCAGUGAUCAUGUGGUUGAGAUUUGGAAACGCUUUCCCUCACUCAAGAAACUUGCACUACAUCCAUGUUCAGAUAUCCAAUCAGCAUUCGUUGUGUCAGACUAUUGCCCGUCAAUGAGGAAGAUCGCACUUGACAUGAAGAGUGGAUGUACGGCACUUACCUUCUUGGAUCAAGAACAUGGAUCUGAAGAGCACGGGAUUACCGAUCUUACUUUCGAUGGCUACUCACCAUUCAGUUUCAGCUACGAGGAGAUCUGCAGUCUACUAAAACAGCAUCAGAGCACACUACAUUUCCUCCAAUGGGGUAUCGAUCUUCAUAUGGAAAACCACGACAUCUACAGCAUCCAGUAUCCUCAGCUAAAGAAACUUGUUAUCCGUUGCUCUGGAUGGUGGUUACCAAGGAACGCACCACUGCUAGAAGAAUUGGAUAUAACAACGCGCGCCGUCAAUGUCACUGAUGAAGAGCUUAGUACGAUCCCGCCCAACCUGCAAAAGCUAUCUCUACGAUUUGAUACAUCACCGCUACCUGACAAGACCCCCAUCAUACAAUAUCUCAAUCGCACGGCUGAGCACUCCCAUUUUUAUCAUCUUGUUGUACAUUUCCAAAUCAAAGACACGUUUGGGGAAAUACAUGAUGCCAUUUCUCGUUUGAACCAGCUUGAGCGUUUGACGAUCAUUUAUACAUACGAUUGGAAUUAUAUGGAAAUGGAACGGUUUUUUGGCAAGCUUGUGAAAGGAUGUCCUCGUUUGACCCGCCUUGAGCUGAGCGGUACGCCAACGACGUAUUCUAUCAAUGCCUUAAAACAGCUGGAGCACCUUAAGGAACUUAGCUUUUCGAUUCAUUGGCACGAUGGCGAUCCACGCUUUUGGGAUGCUGUUCAAGCCUUAUCACAAGUGAAAUGUGUGCGGAUCUACCCAUCGAUUUCAGUCCAGAUGAGAAGAAUCACGCAUCUAAGAGCACAAAGGCCUGACAUGAAGGUCAUCGUCGACGACGCAUUUAGACAUUUCUGA